AUUUGUCAUGUUGCGCUGUGUGUGUCCGUAUAUUUAACUGGCAGCUCUCCGAUUGCUCCGUUACUAGCUAAACAUACCUGUUGAGAACCACCGGAACGUAGCCUGCUUUUUACCUGAGCCGAGGCACUCCAGUUUAUCGAACCGAGAAGGAGAAAGGGGAGACACUGAAGAAAGAGAAUAAAUACUGGCAGAGGACUAGAGAAGGAGAGAUCGCAGCCUUGAAGUCUGUGGAGGGAAAAGGAAAACGAGAAAAGUGGAAGGCGUGCAUGAAAGCGAGAAACCUUGACCUCGUUUCUGAUCCCGUUGCACUGAGUGAGACCCUGAAGCCAGCUGUUGUAUUUAGAAGAAUAACUCCUUUUUAACACUUUUUUAAUUUGUUAAUUGGGAACACGGGGAGGAGGUUGGGCAAAUAAGGGAGAAUAGCGGAGAGGGACUUCAAAGAAAUAAACCAUGCCUCGAGCCUUCCUAGUGAAAAAGUCGAGUGUUUCGCCCGGCAAGCGGAACUGGAGCGAAGUCCCAGAUCAUGAACGUGGAGACAUAUAUAUACCAGUUUCAAUGGCUCUCCCCCUGCACACUGAGGAGGCCAGCCCAGCAGAGUUGGCACCAUGCCACCCCACACACGGAGAGCGCAGCAAGCACACACACCUCCCAGCACACAGCCCACACCUGCACGCCCACACAGCAGAGCUGCCCUCCAGCACCGCCCAGGGCGAGCAGCUCAGCCCCCACACUACCAACCAGCAGAGGGCAAAAGAGAGCACUUAUGUCCGCUCCAAGAUCAAGGCGAGUGCAACAGAGAAGGGGAGCAGUGACAGGGGGUGUAAUUCAGAUUUUGGGAGGGUGGCAGAGCGAGGCAUGAGAGAAGCGAGGGGUAGGAUGGCUGGGAUAACAGUGGUGGAAGCGGUCUGGAGAGGGCAGACACAUGUGGCCAACACAUCACAAAUGUUGCUUCUGACUGAGAUUCACUUUGCGGUGCUAAAGUAUGUUUGGCUAUGGGGCCCUGGCACGGCCAACUGAAGCACAUUUACCCUGGACACAUGCACAAGCGCACAUUCACAUUGCAUGAAGCAGCCAGUGUCAACACAUGUUAGUA